AUAUAUAUAUAUAACAGAUGAUAUUUUUAAGAACUAAGGACAGCCAUCCUCUAUUAAUGUUAUUUCUGGUGGUUUCUAAAAUUUGUCCCUUAAAUAAAAUCAAUUAGCAGUUUUCUGAAAAUACUUGAACAAUUCACUGGACUUAAAAUCACACUAUUUGACUGUCUGAUGGAAGUGUGUUCAUCCAUGUACUUACUGUAAAAAUACACUUAUGUAUCAUCAUUGUUUUAACUAAGCUGGAAAUAGGGAUUACUUGAGAGACCACUGAAUUAAGCAUUUUGGUUUAUAGGUCACAUUUGUACAAUAAAAAUGUCUUCUGCUUCUUCAGUUACUUUUCAGUUUGUCUUUAAAUAUUUAGUGAAUCGUUUUUUGUUUAGAUUUUUUGUAUUUGUGUUUAUUGUUUUGCUUUGCCUUAUAACAUUUAUUCAUAAUUGCAGAAAUUAGAAAUCCACAAUGCUUUGCUUCGACUGGCAAUUAACUAGGCUUAUAUUCCUGCACAGUAAUAAAACAAAAAUAAAACGAAAAGUUGUCAGAGAUAUUUGUGUAUUUAAUAGUAAUAAUGCAUUUGUUGUAUUACAUUUUAUCGGACCACAUCCUAGUCCUUCAGCUGCUGGGUGGUCACCAUGGCAACGUGAACGUCGUCAUGCCAACGUUACCUUUAGCAAAGUAGCUACUAGCUACUUCCUUAAAAAAAAAAAUAAACGAACUACUUUUUUACCACUAAGUUAAAAUGGCUGACAUUUUGUCGUUGAAAGAAUCAGUUCUGGUCUAUUUAGACAGAAGUGGUGGCCUUCAGAAACUGGCCGAAGAUUGCAAAACAUUCAACGACCCCCAACAAAUUGAGGCAGUCUACAGGUUUUGUAUCAGUGUGAAUCCCUCUGAUGUGAUAGAGGUGGAUCCCGUAUUGGGUGACCGUGUUCUGCAUGAUCCCAUAGGAGCAACAGCGUUGUUUCAGUCUGUUUGCUUCCUGGCCAUAAAGACACUUUCACUUGUUGAAAAAAUACACACAGAGAGUCAGGUGAAUGUGAUUCUGAAGUUGACACAUCUGCCUCCCUUCCCUGAGUACACAUUGGACCUUUGUAGUUUUCCUCGCGGGUAUGGGCCUGUGAGGCCUGUCUCUAUGGAGGGCCUGGUCAUUGCCAUGACAAGGGUCACGAAAUACACCCAGGGUGCCAGGUUCCUCUGCAUUAAUGAUGACUGUUCCUGCUCUACCGGGUUUCACCACAUUCGUGUCCAUGCACCUGGAGCCACAGAGUCAGCUACUGUGAGAAACAACUUCACCUGCAUGAUCUGCAGCUCCCCACUGAAAGAGGAUGUGAAGUUUAGAGUGUUGGGAGACAAACAGCUUGUGGAGCUGAUCCACGUCAAAGCACUGGGUGUUCUAAGUGCCCAUCAACAAAGCUCACUCAGGUACCAGUCUGUCACCCUGUUUCUCAGAGAUGAGCUGUGUAACUCAAUGAGAAUCGGUCAACUCUACAGGGUGUUAGGCAUUCCUGCGCAUGUGCACCAGUGGCCCAGCAUUACCUGGAGUGUAGAGGCAAAUAGCAUCCAACCGUGGGAGCCAGAGUAUCCCCAUAAAGUCAGUGCCAGCUUUCAGGAGCUGUUGAAGGCCACAGCCGGUUCUCCCUGGAGGUUUUCUGCCAUUGUGGCUCACUGCUUUGGGUUGGACGUGGCUCCUCCAGGCACAUACAACACCCUAAAGCUGAGCUUGUUGCUCAGUUUAGUGCAGACUAGAGCAGAUGCAAAAGACACAUAUCACAACUUGGAUCUCCUAGUUGUCACCACUGACACUCUCAUACUAGACAGACUAAUGACGUACAGCCUGAGCUUGGCGUGUCGAGGGGUCAGGCAUCAGGCCUCGGGGGAGAUGUUUGCAUCUCUGUCCCGGGACGAACAUGGAGCAGGCACUGCUAACAUCCAUGCUGGCUCCGCCCUGCUAGCCACUGGUGGCAUUUGCAUGUUGGGAGAUCUGGGCUGUUACAAAAAGGACAGGUUGGAUGCCAUUCAGUCAGUUCUGGAGAGCUGCACAGUGGCUGUGUUCAUCCCAGGUAAGAAGUAUGGUGAGGAUGCUGACCAGCAGCUUUCCUUCCCAGUCCACUGCAGCUUCUGGGCCCUCGCAGACGCCACGGAUGCCUCUCGACGGUCUGGGAGGGCAGACUGUACUCUACUGGGAACAGCAGAAAUGGGUCCCGUACCAGUGCAGUUGGCAGAUGCCUUUGGCCUGGUGAUUCAGUGUAGGGAUACGGCGGGAGAGCAGGCCCUACUUGCUCAGACCAUCCACACCCUCCAGCAGGCAGUGCAGCCUGGAAAACCCCUCUACCCAUCCUGCUGGGAGUUUUCUACACAUGACUACCACGAGCUGGUAGCUCAUGCACAGACUUUGCAAGUGGAGCUCAGCCCUGGAGCAGAGAAAAUCAUCCACGGUUACUACAUGGCCAGCCGUAGAGUCCGAACACAGAGUCGGGGUGUCAAGAUGUCUGUGGCCUCUAUCAAACUACUGAUCUCUUUGGCUGAGGCCCACUGCAAGUUAUGUCUCAGAGCACAAGUACAGGAGGAAGAUGCUGUGAUUGCUGUGCUCCUCUGUGAAAACUCAGUCACUCUCAAGCAUGGGGCCUCUGCCCUCGUUAUUCCACCUGACGCAGUGUUUCCUUGUGAUCUGGGAGAUGUGGAUGGUUUGCACAAGAGGGACAAGACCCUGGAUGAGCUGCACCAGAAUAUCCUACGCUUUAUCUAUGCCUAUGCACCGGGAGCAGACACAUACAUCACAGAGGAGUAGCCCUCAACGUUCAAAACACAGGUAGGUAGCACAAGAUCCCAACCACACUCAAUUGGUAUGACAUGAGCACCCCCCCCAUUCAUUCCUUCAGUUUUACUCACUGUGAUCUUAAGGAUCUAGAUGCAGUACAUCUAAAUGCAACAGAAAAGAUAUGCAG